AUGGACUCGAACGAGGGCCCCGAGGAGCUGCGUAUGACGCACCUACAACCCCAGUCGAUCUUACUUAAAGAUGGUGAAACGACUGCGACAAUGUACCCAAUUCCGGCAUAUGCAGAGCAGCUUCCGGCAGGUCUGUUGGCGUUUUUGCUGGAUGAAUUCAACAUGGAAAUAGAAAAGGGCGAUAGCUUACCAUACUACGAGCCAUUAACUCUGGAGGGCUUUAAUGAGACAUGGUUCCACAGGGACGGCCUCGUAUGCGUGAUGGUAUUAGGCGAGAUUCCCGAAUUGGACUACAGCAAGAGUGAAGAGGCCGGCAAUGGCAGCACAGCAUCAGACGACCCUCAGGCAGAGGUCACAAGGCACACGUCACAAUACAUUCGGCGGAAGGAGCGCAGAAACCUAAACCUUAACAUCCAGUGGGAAAAACAGUGCCUUGGCGCGUUCAACCUGCGACCCGCGUAUCCUGGGCGCUCUUCGCAUGUAGUGACAGCAACGUUCCUUGUGAAUGCCGGAAUAAGAGGCAAAGGAAUUGGUAGAACUCUCGUGGAGUGUUUUUUAAGCUGGGCGCCUCAGAUGGGAUUCACGUCUUCGGUAUUUCCUCUGGUUUACGGAACCAAUGUUGGCGUACGACGCAUCUUAGAAACUCUAAGUUUUAGGCGUGUAGGAAAACUUCCGGAAUCGGCCAUCCUCAAAGGCUGUGAUGUGCCGGUUGACUCCUUCAUUUACGCCAAAGAGUUCACACACGUUUCGAAAAGCAUCGACCUUUUGAAUGAGCCAAAUAAGCACUUUGCGAAGUACGAGAGACUACGAUACUAUUUAGAGACUGGGAAAUAUCCUGACUACUGUGACAGGAACGAAAAGGCGAGGUUGAGGGCUAGCUCUAAAUAUCAUUCUGUACAGAAUGGGAAGCUAAUGCGGCAGGGAAGGGAAGUUGUCUAUGACCCCGAAAAGCAGCUCGAAGUGGCAUUCGAAGUACACCAGGUGUCUCACCAGGGCAUCAAUAAAGUCACAACAAAAAUUGCCGAGCGAUACCACUGGAAAGGAAUCAAAACUACGGUGGCCAGGAUAGUGGCCGCCUGCCCUCUGUGCAAGACUCAGCAUCAGGAUGACCUGGGCAUUGUUGUAGAAGCAGGAUCUCCGCAACAACAAGCACACAUGAUUGUACCAAGCGGCGGGGACGUGGAUCACUCCUCGCAGCUGAGUAGGGUGACUGCUGCUGUGAUUGGAAGUUUACAAGAGCCGGGCACCGACAUGGAAAGGACGCCAGUAGACGAGGAGCCCCGCAAAAGGUCAAAGCCGACAAUCCAUAGAAUCAAAUUCAGUGGUUCGCGGGAUCCACAGAUUUCCACGCAGGAAGUACUUGAUAAUGAACACUCGAUGAACAAUUUUAGUGAGUACGCCCGUCACCAGCAAAAGUCAAAACGGCGCUACCUUGAUGUUGCAAUGAGUGCAAACAUGUCCCGAAGCGCAACUCUUCCGGGGAGCGACAUCCCAAGUGGGCCCGCGACAGUUGAGAUAGAUGAACAAGAUGAUACACAUAUGGUUGACGAUGCACUACUUGACCUCGAGGACAACGUCAUGGCCGCUGUUGAAGCAGUGCGCAGCGAACAAAAAUCAAAAGAUGACCAGUACGGCCAUGAAAGUAACGUUCAGCAGUUCUAUUGA